GGAGGUGGGUGGCAAGAUGGCAGCUUAUCUCUCCCACAAGCAGAAGGUGCUGCGGCUGUAUAAGAAGGCGAUACGGCACAUGGAGUACUGGUGUGUCUUCAGGGCGCGCUUCGAUGAGCAUAAAGAUGAGCAGGACUUGGUGAAAGCCACUCAGCUGCUGAGGGCCGGCGUGGAAGAGCUCGAUAUCCGCCAGCACCCCCAACCGUUCAUCUUCCCCACCGCCCCGGGGGGCACCAGCUACGAGAGAUACGACUGCUACAAGGUUCCGGAGUGGGUCCUGGACUACUGGCACCCAUCGGAGAAGGCCAUGUACCCGGAUUAUUUUGCGAAGAGAGAACAGUGGAAGAAACUUCGGGAGCAGAGUUGGAGCCGUGAGGUUCAGCAGCUGAUGCAGGAGACGCCACCUGAAGGUCCGCGCACUGAAGCCUUGCCACCAGCCCGUAAGGAGGGCGAUCUUCCUCCAUUGUGGUGGGACGUUGUGACCCGUCCCCGCAACAUCCCACAAUAAGGGGCCAGCUGGACGUCUGGUCUU